AUUGUUUGUCAUUGUACAGAAAGACCAAAAGCUCAAGUGUCUGUACAACCUGGUGAUCAUGUAUUCAGCGGAGAAUCUGUCACUCUCACAUGUGACAUCAAUGGGAAAACAUCAGUCACUAUCUGGCAGUACAUCUGGUAUAAAGGUUCAGACACACAGCAGAAUAAACAACAGAAAUACACAAUCAGUUCUGUUAGUGAGUCUGAUGUAGGUCAAUACACCUGUAGAGGAACAGAAAUCGGUGGAUCACGAUCAUCACACACCAGUGAUGCAGUUACACUGAGAGUAUCAGAUGUGAAACCAUCUCUGACCGUUCAGCCACAGUCUGUGUUCACUGGAGACUCAGUUACUCUGACCUGUGAGGUGCAUCAGUCCACUGGAUGGGAUGUUUUCUUCACAACACCCUCAAACCAGGAAAACCAGGAAGCUUCAGGAACUAAAACAUUCAUCUCUGUGCGAGUCUCUGAUGGAGGAGAAUAUAAGUGCAGAGCCAGAAGAGGAAACCCCUCGUAUCUCACACCAUAUAGUGAACCAAAAAGAGUGACAGUAGAGGGUGAGUGUUUUUACAUUAUUUGGGAAAACUUCAGUCACUAUCUGGACAUCUGGAAUAAAGGUGUUUCAGUCAUCCAGCAGAAUGAACAACAGAAAUACAAAAUCAGUUCUGUUAGUGAGUCUGACAGAGGUAAAUACACCUGUAGAGGAACAGAAAUCGGUGGAUCACGAUCAUCAGACACCAGUGAUGCAGUUACACUGAGAGUAUCAGAUGUGAAACCAUCUCUGACCGUUCAGCCACAGUCUGUGUUCACUGGAGACUCAGUUACUCUGACCUGUGAGGUGCAUCAGUCCACUGGAUGGGAUGUUUUCUUCACAACACCCUCACAGCAUGAAACUUAUGAAGCUUCAGGAACUAAAACAAUCAUCUCUGUGCGAGUCUCUGAUGGAGGAGAAUAUAAGUGCAGAGCCAGAAGAGGAAACCCCUCGUAUCUCACACCAUAUAGUGAACCAAAAAGAGUGACAGUAGAGGAAAGACCAAAAGCUCAAGUGUCUGUACAGCCUGGUGAACGUGUAUUCAGUGGAGAAUCUGUCACUCUCACAUGUGACAUCAAUGGGGAAACAUCAGUCACUAUCUGGCAGUACAUCUGGAAUAAAGGUGUUUCAGUCAUCCAGCAGAAUGAACAACAGAAAUACAAAAUCAGUUCUGUUAGUGAGUCUGACAGAGGUAAAUACACCUGUAGAGGAACAGAAAUCGGUGGAUCACGAUCAUCAGACACCAGUGAUGCAGUUACACUGAGAGUAUCAGCAGAUGUGAAACCAUCUCUGACCGUUCAGCCACAGUCUGUGUUCACUGGAGACUCAGUUACUCUGACCUGUGAGGUGCAUCAGUCCACUGGAUGGGAGUUUAUCUUCACAACACCCUCACAGCAUGAAACUUAUGAAGCUUCAAGAACUAAAACAAUCAUCUCUGUGCGAGUCUCUGAUGGAGGAGAAUAUAAGUGCAGAGCCAGAAGAGGAAACCCCUCGUAUUUCACACCAUAUAGUGAACCUAAAAGAGUGACAGUAGAGCAAAGACCAAAAGCUCAAGUGUCUGUACAGCCUGGUGAUCGUGUAUUUGGAGGAGAAUCUGUCACUCUCACAUGUUACAUCAAUGGGAAAACUUCAGUAACUAGCUGGAAGUACAUCUGGUCUAAAGAUUCACCAUCAUACAUUGCCAGAUAUCAACAGAAAUACACAAUCAGUUCUGUUAGAAUCUAUCACACAGGUCAAUACACCUGUAGAGGAACAGAGUCCGAUGGAUCACGAUCAUCACACACCAGUGAUGCAGUUACACUGACAGUAUCAGGAUCAAAACCAAAAGCUGAACUCACAUCAGAUACUGAAGGACCUGUACUGACGGGAAACACAGUGAAUCUGACGUGUCUCAUGAAUCAGUCGACUGGAUGGAAGUUUAACUGGUACAAACACACACAGAACACUGAGAAGACGACAACAGAUACAAACACCUGCACAAUGUCCAAUGUUAGAGUUUCAGAUGGAGGUCAGUACUGGUGUAGAGCUGGAAGAGGGAAUCCAGUCUAUUACACAGACUACAGUGAUGUUCUGUGGAUCAAUGUUACAGGUUAUGAUCUGGUGUCAGACAGCAGUGGAGGAUCUAAAGGAAACUACACUGUGAGUUCUGCUGCUCUGAAGCACACAGGAGUUUAUAUGUGCGGAGCAGAGAGAGGAGAUCCAGUCUAUCACACACACAACAGCAGCACACAACCACUGUGGAUCACUGGUGUUUCUUCUUCAGUGUCUCUGAUCAUCAGACCCAACAGAACUCAACACUUCUCAUCUGAAUCUCUCUCUCUGAGCUGUGAGGAUCACAGGAACUCUACUGGAUGGACAGUGAGAAGAUACACAAACACACUGGAAACUUGUUCAUCAUCAUCAGUCAGAUCUACAGGAACAGAAUCUACAUGUACAAUCAGAUCUCUCAUAACAUCUGACACUGGAGUGUACUGGUGUGAGUCUGAAUCUGGACACAAACUUCAUCCUGUUAAUAUCUCAAUACACAAUGGUGAUGUGAUUCUGGACAGUCCUGUUCAUCCUGUGACUGAAGGAGAUUCUCUGACUCUUCACUGUUUAUAUGGAGAUAAAAACCCAUCAAACCUCAGAGCUGAAUUCUAUAAAGAUGGAUCAGUGGUGCAGAAUCAGACUACAGGAGACAUGAUGAUCAUCUCUACAGUCUCAAAGUCACAUGAGGGUUUCUACUACUGUAAACACCCAGAGAGAGGAGAGUCUCCAAAGAGCUGGAUCUCAGUCACAGGAUCCUUUCAGGAGAUGAUUUCUGUCUUCAAGAUUCUCAGUUUUCUGUUGGCAGUUUGUCCAUAUCUGAUAGUGACAGUCGUGCUGGUGUUCAAAUGCUACAGAUUGAGAGAUGAAACAUCUUGAUUCAUCAGAUCACACGAAAAAGUAACACAUAAAAACAACAUCUUAAUAUAUAAGAAUAACAUUGAAUGAUUAAUCUAGUCAUUUUACAUUCAACAUUUGAAAUACAUUUUUGAUGUUUCAGAUGUUGCUUCUGGAUGUGAUGAUGUGAUAUGGGAUUAAAUAUAAAUAAAUGUAAUGAUGUGAUCUCAGAUUAAAUCAAAGACCAGAGGAGAAAAACACACCAGUACAUUUACUAAUACUUACUAUUAACAACUCAAAGCUUUAUGUGCAUCACAGACAGUAAAUGUUUUUAAUCUCCAUUUUCUUUUAUUAAUAGACUUUGUGUCAUUAUUACUAUUGCAUUGAUUUAAUUGAGUUCAUUGUUGUGUUAUAUGUGUGAACUUUUCUUACUGUGUAAUAUUCAUGACAGUCAUAACAUUUGUUUUCAUCAUAUAUAUUUAAGUGUCAUGUGAUAAUGUACAUCUGAUAUCAGUUUCAGUAACAAAACAUGGAUGGUAAAGAAAACAGGUUUGAUUAUUAUCACCGUCUUGAUCUGAGAAGUUUAAGAAACACAACAGCUCAUGUGAGUCACAGGGGGCGUAACUACACAUAAGAGCUGAACCUCUGGGUCAUUUCAGACAUCAGUGAUACGCUGUAACCUGUCACAGUUAUCUCAGUUUAAUGAUGCACUGCCCUGUUUACUGUAACUGAACCACAAUAUUCUGGUACAAAUGGAUGUCAGUCAUCUCAAAUGGAUAAUAUACUAUACAUUUACUCCUCUGGUCUUUAACCUAAAUACUGAAUUGAAAUUUAAAUGAUAUCCUAAAAUCGCAGUUUUCAACUAUACAUGUGAUCAGGGACAGAAGGCAACAUUUAAUCAAAUGUAAAAUUUGCAAGCAUAAAUGUAGUGUUUUUCUGGUGUUAUGAGUCUUUUGUAAAUACUUUUAUAUUGUUGAUGUGUUGCAGUAAAAAGUCUUAUCAGUAAAUGCACCUUUUUAUGUGCCAUUGAAAGAGAGAGAAAGUGAGAGAUGUUUUGCUUCAGAUCUGAUAUGUCAUUGGACUUUUAUAAGUUUUGGAUUCAGGGGUAAUAUAUAAUCAAAUCAUGAUGUUAAUGUGAUUUUAAAAAUCCCUGCAUUUGUAUAAGGUCAUCAUUACUGUUCUGUGUCCCAUUCCCAAAGAUCUGUGUGAUUCCUAAGAUAUUCUCACAUAACAGGUUGUACCCAAGGUGCAUUUGACAAAAAACUUUAUUCUUCAUUCACAAAUUAUUUCAUUGUCAAGUAUUACUGAAGAUUAUUUGAUUUAAAUAUGAGUGAACUUUGUUGUACUCUAGACUAUAUGCAAAAGUUAUGCAUUUCUGUUAAGAAAAAUAAGUUUAGGAGG